CUCCGUCUUGUCUUCACCAUUUCGAAAAAGCUCAAACUUUACACACAGAAAGAGAUCCUUAGAUAUUCUUUACUGUUUUCCUUGAAACCUUAAUCCUCCGAUCUGUUUAACCUCCGGUCAGGAACCUUCUCUCGGCGAUUUUUUUUUUUUUUCCGGUUUGUAUCAGAUUCCAGUGUCUUCCCCGAGUCUUCGUGGUUUCGGGGGGCGGGAGGAGAUGGCAUUUCCGUAAAAAAAACCAGUUGAUGAAAUUGGUAGCUGAGGUGUGGAGGUGGAGCGUGAGGCUGUCGAAGACGAACUCGCCUCCUCCUCAGCUCAACGGCGGCGGAAACAAGAGCGGAGGGUUAUUAUGGAGGUGGAGAUCUUUCUCGGGUCAGCCGCCCAAGAGAACGGUGAUGUGGACGUGGGUUUGCGGGUUCAUGCUUUUCACCUUAGGUGUCAUCUCUCUCUUCACCGGUCAUGUUGUCUCUCACUUAGAGUGGUAUUCUCAGCAGCUAAGCAAAAGGAGCUUACUGGAUAUGAGCCGUAGGGAGCCGAUUGAUGUGUGGAAGUCGAAGUAUUCCAAGUUCUUCUACGGAUGCAGUGAAAGAGGAAGGAACUUCCCACCUGCAGUCCAGGAGCACUCGUCUAAUGGGUAUUUGCUGAUUGCAGCUAGUGGAGGUCUGAACCAGCAAAGAACAGGAAUAACAGAUGCGGUAGUUGUUGCACGGAUUCUUAAUGCUACUUUAGUUGUACCUGAGUUGGAUCACCAUUCUUAUUGGAAAGAUAACAGUGACUUUAAUGACAUUUUUGACGUUAACUGGUUCAUCUCUUCCCUCACAAAAGAUGUGACUAUAGUAAAAAGAGUUCCUGACAGAGUCAUGCGGUCCAUGGAAAAGCCUCCUUAUACAAUGCGUGUCCCUCGAAAGUCUACUCCUGAGUAUUAUCUCGACCAAGUACUGCCAAUUCUCUCCAGGAGACAUGUUUUGCAAUUGACAAAGUUUGACUACAGACUAGCAAAUGAUCUGGAGGAAGACAUGCAGAAGUUGCGCUGCAGGGUGAACUAUAAUGCUUUAAGAUUCACAAAGCGCAUACAAUCAGUUGGAAUGAAAGUGGUCAAGAGGAUGAGAAAGAUGGCCAAGCGUUUUAUAGCUGUCCACUUGAGGUUUGAACCAGACAUGCUUGCCUUUUCUGGUUGUGACUUUGGCGGAGGUGAAACAGAAAGAGCUGAGCUGGCAGAAAUAAGAAAACGAUGGGACACUUUACCUGAUCUGGACCCUAUGGAGGAAAGAAAGCGUGGGAAAUGCCCUCUUACACCUCAUGAAGUGGGCUUAAUGCUGCGCGCUCUUGGUUUCGCUAAUAACACAUACAUCUACGUUGCGUCUGGGGAGAUAUAUGGUGGUGAAAAGACACUGAGACCACUCAGAGAUCUGUUUCCGAACUUUUACACCAAGGAAAUGCUUGCCAAUGAUGAGCUCAAGCCUUUGCUUCCCUUUUCUUCACGCCUUGCUGCUAUUGACUACAUAGUCAGCGACGAAAGUGACGUCUUUAUCACUAAUAAUAAUGGAAACAUGGCCAAGAUUCUAGCAGGCCGAAGGAGGUACAUGGGGCAUAAGAGGACCAUCAGGCCUAAUGCGAAGAAGCUCAGUGCUUUGUUCAUGGACAGAGAGAAGAUGGAGUGGAACACGUUCGCCAAGAAAGUGAAAUCUUGUCAGCGAGGAUUCAUGGGUGAUCCUGAUGAGUUCAAACCAGGACGCGGUGAGUUCCACGAGUACCCGCAGUCUUGCAUUUGUCAGAGACCUUUCUCUUACGACAAACACUCAACGGAGGAGGAUGAUGAAGAGAUACCAGAAGAGGUACACAACAACACCAGACCUGGACAUGCUUUUUCUUGGUUAGUGUUGUUCCUGUCAUUGCUCUCUUUACUCCCUCUUCCUUCAGAAUCAGCUGUUGCAAGCGUAGAUCUCGGUUCAGAAUGGGUGAAAGUCGCUGUGGUUAACAUCAAACGAGGACAGAGCCCGAUCUCUGUAGCCAUCAACGAGAUGUCCAAGAGGAAGUCCCCAAGUUUAGUGGCGUUCCACUCCGGUGACAGGUUACUAGGCGAGGAAGCUGCAGGAAUCACGGCUCGUUACCCUAAUAAAGUGUAUUCGCAGAUUAGGGACAUGGUUGGGAAGCCUUUUAAGCACGUCAAGGAUUUUAUUGAUUCUGUGUAUUUGCCGUUUGAUAUCGUUGAAGAUUCGAGAGGUGCGGUUGGUGUUAAGAUUGAUGAUGGGACGACUGUUUACUCGGUGGAGGAGUUGUUGGCGAUGAUCUUGGGGUAUGGGUCUGACCUGGCUGAGUUUCAUGCGAAGAUCCCGGUGAAGGAUAUGGUUGUUUCGAUUCCGCCUUACUUUGGGCAGGCGGAGAGACGGGGUUUGAUCCAGGCUUCUCAGUUGGCUGGGGUUAAUGUACUCUCCUUGGUUCACGAGCAUUCCGGUGCAGCGUUGCAGUAUGGGAUUGAUAAGGAUUUCUCGAAUGGGUCGAGGCAUGUUAUAUUUUAUGACAUGGGUUCGAGUAGUACUUAUGCAGCCCUUGUGUAUUACUCUGCUUACAAUGAGAAGGAGUUUGGCAAGACUGUUUCUGUCAACCAAUUUCAGGUCAAGGAUGUUAGAUGGGACUCGGGACUUGGAGGACAGAGUAUGGAGAUGCGCUUGGUAGAGUACUUUGCGGAUGAGUUUAACAAACAGCUCGGUAAUGGAGUUGACGUGAGGAAGUUCCCUAAAGCAAUGGCUAAACUAAAGAAGCAAGUCAAACGUACAAAAGAAAUUUUGAGUGCAAACACUGGGGCUCCAAUAUCUGUUGAGUCUCUCCAUGAUGAUCGUGACUUCAGGAGCACAAUUUCCCGUGAGAAAUUUGAGGAACUCUGUAAAGAUCUUUGGGAAAGAUCUCUUACACCUUUAAAAGAUGUGCUCAAGCAUUCAGGUUUGAAGAUGGAUGAUAUAUAUGCAGUAGAGCUAAUAGGAGGAGCUACUAGAGUUCCCAAACUACAGAGCACGAUCCAGGAAUUUAUUGGGAAGCAAGAGCUAGACAAACAUCUGGAUGCUGAUGAGGCUAUUGUCCUUGGCUCAGCACUACAUGCUGCUAACUUGAGCGAUGGAAUCAAAUUGAAACGUAGGCUAGGUAUAGUUGAUGGUUCCCCCUAUGGAUUUCUAGUUGAGUUAGAAGGCCCUGAUGUUAAGAAAGAUGAGAGCACAAAGCAACAACUCGUACCACGGAUGAAAAAGUUACCCAGCAAGAUGUUCAGAACAUUUGUCCUUGACAAAGAUUUUGACGUGUCACUUGCUUAUGAGUCCGAGGAUAUCCUACCCCCAGGAAUUACCUCCCCUGUCUUUGCACAGUAUUCUGUUUCUGGUUUGACGGAUGCAACUGAGAAAUAUUCUUCUCGGAAUCUAUCAGCACCUAUCAAGGCAAAUCUGCAUUUCUCUCUGAGUAGAAGUGGAAUUCUCAGUCUAGAUCGAGGAGACGCUGUCAUUGAAAUCACAGAAUGGGUAGAAGUUCCUAAGAAGAACGUGACUAUCGAGAAUAACACAACCUCAACGACAGGCAAUGCGUCUACUGGAGCUGCCUCUGACGAGAAUUCACAAGAAAAUAAAGAGGAGCUACAAGCUGAUGCUGGUAACAGCACUGCUGAAGAACCAGCUGUGGUAGACCUGGGGACAGAAAAAAAGCUGAAAAAGCGGACAUUUAGGAUUCCUCUGAAGGUAGUUGAGAAAACUGUUGGACCUGGAGCACCUUUUACGAAAGAGUCUCUUGCUGAAGCUAAGACAAAAUUAGAAGCCUUAGACAAGAAGGAUAGGGAAAGAAGAAGAACGGCUGAGUUAAAAAACAACCUUGAAUCUUAUAUAUACGCUACCAAAGAGAAGCUAGAAACACCUGAGUUUGAAAAGAUUUCCACCCAAGAAGAGCGCAAGGCGUUUGUUGAGAAGCUUGAUGAGGUGCAAGAUUGGCUUUACAUGGACGGUGAGGAUGCUAAUGCCACAGAGUUUCAGGAGCGGCUUGACUCACUAAAAGCCAUUGGCAGUCCCAUAUCUCUGCGAUCGGAUGAACUUACAGCACGACCCGUAGCAGUUGAAUACGCUCAAAAAUACCUUACCGAAGUGAAGGAGAUCAUAAAAGAGUGGGAGACGAACAAAACUUGGCUUCCAAAAGAAAAAAUCAACGAGGUCUCAAAGGAAGCAGAGAAAGUAAAAAGCUGGUUGGAGAAGAAUGAAGCUGAGCAGAAAAAGACUGCUCUAUGGAGCAAGCCAGCGUUCACGUCAGAUGAAGUGUACGCUAAAGUAUUUACUCUUCAAGACAAGGUGACCAAGGUGAAUAGGAUUCCAAAGCCGAAGCCGAAAAUAGAGAAAGCAACCAAGAAGGAGAAUGCAACAGAGGAAAAAUCAAAAGGCUCAGAAGACUCCACCAAUUCUUCAGAAUCUGAAGCUGCUGCCAAAGAAGAAGAGGGCCACGACGAGCUCUGAUUAACGUUACAUACAUAAUAAUAGGGUUUUUAUUGAGCUUUAACUUUUGUGUGUUUUAAGUGUCAAAUAGGAGGGUUGGUUAAGCUGAACUGAGCUGAGCAAAAGGAUUUGAUUUCUUUCUCAACUUCAUCAUAUCAAGUUUUGUUUCCUUU